AUGAGCACGACACCGACAAGCGACACACGCGCAAAGUAUGAUGCGCUCAUACCAGAUUCAUCAAGAGAUGACCUGCAUAAAACAAGCUCUUCCAGCACCAUGACCGAACCAUAUACUGCCGCGUCUCAAGAGGCUCCAGCCAAGCGCAAGCUCAAUGAUACAGACGUGGCGCAGGAAAAGCGCGCGCGCCGCGAUACCUUUGACGAUGACUGGUCCGAGUUCCAGCGCACCGUCGUUGCGCCAUUGCGUGAACCACAACCAUCGUAUGCUCAUGCUACCAUUUCAGCCGAGCCAGAACUUCAUGCAACGCUUACGCAAGAUCCGAAAGACGUCCAAUCGUCUAAAACGGAGCGGCGCUCUCAUAUCGAGCAAGCCACUCGCGAAGACAUUCUCGCACGUAUCGAAGAGGAGGAACGCGCUCAGGAAGAAGCAGGAGAACGCAUACGAAUACUUCGCGCGCGUCUCGCGAGAAUCAAGCAAGCGCGGCGACGUCCUCGCGACGCGUCUCUUUCAGAGUCACCUGCCUCGUAA